CAUUGGAGGGCCUCUGGGGUGGAUUGGGCCUGUGACACCCUAAGAAAACUCUUCUCAACACUGUCUACUAGUAAAUAAACGACAGGGAAAUGGAAUAAUAGAAGACACGGUGUCACACCUUCACACAGAGACCGUGACGACUCACCUGGUUGGGUAUUUCCAGAAAUGUCCAGGCCUGCUCGUAGAGGCUUGUUGGGUUGGAAGGGUGGAGGCUUCACUUCUGCUUCAUUUUUCACCGGUCUCUGCACUUAAAGAGACUUCUCAGUACCUGAUAUCAACGAUGUAAUGAAUUCAUAUUGUAUUUUUAAACGAUUUCCCGGAAGUUUCAUGUUCAAUUGUGUUACUCUUGACUUAAAUGUGCUCGGGUCGACAUGAACGGGAGCAAAACACUUGACAAAUCCCACGAGACCACGUGACCGUGCCGGAGGUUCCUUCCCAGGAGAGCAGCGUGAAGAUCCGACAAGGUGAGAAAGUAAAUAUAUUUGUUUAGAUUAAUUGAAGAAGUUAGAUCAAUUUAAAAUCAAAAGGCUGCUUCAAAUACAUGUUGGUAAUAACAGAGUUUGACCCACACUGUCUAAAGUGUUGAUAUAUACGUGUCUUGACUUGCUUGUUAGAGUCUGAUAAACACUUAACAACAUGUGAAUGUGCAGGUUGCACCAUCUGGAUCCUCCAUAUGAAAGAUGCAUUGUUAAAUAGUGGACCAAAACUUUGAAGUAAAGGACAUAUUUCUAAUUAUAGAUGAUUUUAAAAAGUGCAGCUCCAGUAUGGUAUCCUGCAGACAUUUAAUAUUUUUCUCAUGCAUGCAGAAAGAUAGACAUAUAAUUGAAAAGAAGGUUCUUUUAAUAUCCAUGUUAUUGUGUUUGAUCUGAAAACUGGUGUUGAAACUGUAACCCGGCUACUGAGACAAAGGCAAAAAAGGCAGACAUUUUUAAUUCACUGAACUAGAUAUUUUAAAAGUUUAACAUUUGGUAUUUUUUCAGUUUUAUGCGCAUAAAAUUCAACUUUAUGUUUAUGGCACUUUUCAGACAAAAAAUGCAGUUCAAAGUGCCUCACAGAGGCCAAAAACAACAAUUAACAACAAUAAAAACGUCCCACCCACACACCCGUCCAUGGACCCACACACACACACAUACCCUCACUCAUCCACACAUACAAACACAAGCACAUGCAGUGUGACAUUGGCUGACACGGAGACAUUACUUGAGGAAAGAGCUACCUUUGGGAAACACUGGAGAUCAAGAUAAAAAAAUAAAAGAUUUAAAAAACAAAACAAAAUAAAAUGGUAAAAAGAAAGGCUAAAACAUGAUGGAUUAAAACAAGAAAAUAAUAUUAAAUGAACAGAUAAGAGCUUUUUACCAUGUAAAAGGGGUAAAAGAAGUAAAAACUUCCUUUUACUUUACUUAAAUCUUUCUACUGAAUACAGCUCUUAAUCUCACAAAUACAACAUUUGAAUUUAGCAUUCAAAUUAUUAUGUUCAGGGCUUUGCAGAACUUAAAAAGCAAACACAAGGCCAUGUUAAAACAGGUGAUGUAUAUUUUAUAGGUGUGUAGAGUUAGUGUAAAUCCUGUGUUACUCCUAACCACUUUUAUCUUUCUCUGCACAGGCUGAAUCAUGUCAGCAGUCGUAGUGGUACAUGGUGGGGCGUGGGCCAUACCUAAUGAACUGGCCAAGGCCUCUGUUGCUGGAGUGAAGGCUGCAGCGUGUGAGGGAUAUUCAGUCCUGAAAAGAGGAGGGAGCGCUCUGGAUGCUGUUGAGGCUGCUGUGAGGGCCCUGGAGGAUAACACUGUGUUUAAUGCAGGUACUAGACUAUACUCAAUUUUUUUCUCACUAUCCUCAAUUGCAGCUUCAGAUUUUGCUUUUUAUCUUGUCAUACAUUUUGCUAUCAUAAAAAAACUCGUAAUUACAAUCUACAUUCACUGUAUAGUAUGACUGCUCUACUCUCAGCCAAUUUAGUCAAUUUUUUAUGGCACAGUGUCUCCACCUGCUGGUGCUGAUGCAUAAAUUCAUCUGGACACACUUAAGGUGGAGGGAUGAGACAAGGCAGCUAACUCCCUUUCUCUCAAGAAAACAAAAAUUUUUUAGAAACCAAAGAUACAUAUCACACAAGCAAUAAGUAGUUUACUUAGUUUAGUAGUGGUUCUGGUCAGCAGAACCACAAAAUACCCAUCAUAAUGGAAAAACUCCUUUACCUUCUUUUCAAUUGCAGACAUCAUAUUGUUUGUAUCUGAUUUUUAAGACCCUGUAAGUAUAAAACACCCCAUAACCAAUUAAAUAAGUGCCGUUUUCCAGACUACAAUAGGGUUAACUAGAUCCUGAAUGAACCGUUAACCAUGAUAUUUUUACGACCCUAUGAUUGUGUUAUUUUAAUCUUGAUGAAAGCAGUUUACAUCUGUGCAGGUUACAACGUGGAACGUAAAUUAAUGGAGCAUCCACCACGACAAAUAAUAAACAGCAUCACACAUACGGGUUGUAAAGCAGCAUAAUGCAGAGUUGCUGUUAAAGUGUCCAAACACCCACUCUCACUUCACACUCAGAGGUUUUGAAUGGCACACUAUUUAGUGGGCCCUCAGCGGAGCAUGCGAAGUGAGUCAAAGUAGUUUGACAGCAAGGGCUAGUGUCACAUUUAUGACGGUCAGAGGAAGUUAAAUUGCAGCCUGAUUUUGGGGCUCAGCCCUUUAAUCCCAGACUAAUCCCAAAUUUAAUUUACGUCAAAAUCAAAACUGCAGUUUAGAUGGUUUUUACAAACUGUCCUGCCUGAUAUUGAAUCAAGUCAGCUGGUUGCUACCACAGUUUCAGUUCAUUUUGUUAUUAUAAUAAACUCCUCUUGUUAAAUGUUCAAAGUGGCACCUGUGUUUUAAAUUUGCUUGCAGUUGCCAGAAACUUUGUGGGUCAUUCUUUCAGUCUUGGCGAUACAAAAAACAUUAAAGCUUCUCAUGUACAAAGGGAUAAUCACUGUCAUCAAAGUUGGAAAGAAAAACGAAAUAAACUGCUGAACUCCCUCAUUUAAAAAGCAGUAACCUUAAAAGUGAGCUCUGGCCCUUUGAAUACUGUUGUCCUUCCUGAGAGGCUCGUUCCUCGAAGCACCGGGUUAUUAUCAGAUGAUGGUGCGUGAACUGUCAUCCAGAUCAGCUCAAGUCAGCAGCUGCAGGGGAAGCUGUGACCCCUCACUGACACUACAGUGUUUGUCUCAGAUUCUGUUUUAAACCUGCUUUUAAAAAUCAGUUUGACAACAACAUACAGUAAUGAUCUAAACUGGAUCCAUUUGACACUCCUUGCUGUGAUUUACAGUUGAUUUUUACUCAGUCACACAGCAAUCCAUGUUUUCGAAAGACUACAUUCAUCACAAUGCUGGAUCUGAAAUGCACCUCAGGCAGUUCUCGUGUAAUCCUGAAACUCUGGCACCGGAUAUUAACAUAAACAACUCAGAAAAACAUGCCAAAGAAAACAGGUGUCUGAUCACCCAGUCCCAUCAGGAGAGUCUGUGCUCUUUUCAUGACUCAGAUAACUGGAAGGUGAUCAUUAGAUUCAGCUUUCUUUGAUAUAUGAUCCAAUUUUUAAGACAGAGGAGGCUUCGGUGUGGCAAAAAAAAUGUCUAAGCACAUCAAAAUAACUAUCAAAAAACUAUCAGAAAUAUAUUUGAAAACUAUCAAGUUCCUGUUUGCAAUUUUUUCCGACCAAGUUGCAGGACUUAUGAUGUCUUAUUGUAGGGCAUGGAGCAACGCUAAACGCUGAUGGGGAGGUGGAGCUGGAUGCUAUUAUCAUGGAUGGAAAGACACUUGCCAACGGAGCUGUCUCUUCAGUGAAGAAUAUCACCAACCCCGUGUCACUGGCACGAGCUGUGAUGGAAAAGGUGAGGCCUGGGAUCAGUUAUCAUGCCUUGUGACAAAUGAGUUGCUGACACUUACAGAGACAUUCACUGGGAUCUACUUUGUACAUGUACCCACAGUGUAUGCACUGAAAAGUGAUAAAUACGUGAGUAAGAUGUGAUAUAUGUUUUGUCUUUCCAUUUGUAUUGUCUUCUAUUGAAAUCACAGACGUCUCACUGCAUGUUGACGAGCACAGGAGCCAACCAGUUUGCAGAGAGCAUCGGCAUGGUAACGGUUCCCUCUGAGGCGAUGGUGACCGCCUAUGAGAGGACAGAAUGGGAGAAACACAAGAACUAUGUAACAGGAGUAAUGGAAGAUUUCAACUCUCAGUGGUGAGUGUCUACAAAGUGUGGCUUUCCUUACUCAGCGUUAUUCAGCUCCACUGGCCCACAGUCACACACUGCUUUGUCAGGACGAUGUGCAAGAUCUAUAUUGAAAAUGUCUUCACAGAAUGCACUGAAGAAUGGAAACUUUUAGAUACUUGCAACUGAGAGAUUAAUAAAGAGUAAAAAACUAUUGAAAAUCUUUAAUGGACCGCUGGAUUUGAUGAUACUGACAGACAAAUGGAAGAAAGUCAGUCUCAGUGCUCCAUCGCACAGAAUGUCUUCUCAAUUAUGUACAUUAAGGCUAAGUGGGGACUUUAUACUGAAGUUUCAACAAAAGAAUGGCUUGAUAUAUGAGUGACACACACACAGAGACUGAAAAAAACUGAAGUGCAUGAAGGGAGUUUGCGAGAAAAAAAGGUCAACUUUCUUCUUUCUCACAGCUAAAAAAGAGGAAACACUCUGGUUCACACCAAUCAUGCAGAGGGUUAUGUAUUAAAAGAGACAGAAAUCAUACAUUUUACUGUAAGGAGUGUUAGCAAUGAGACACAUUCUCAGUUAAAACAAAUAUGUUAUAGUCAUAUUUUUUGUAAUAUGCCACACUCAUAGUAAAGAAAUUCAGGAUGCCUGAUCUGUACACUUCCAUUUUUAAAAAUCAGCUCCUGAAACCACUACUGUCCCUCCCUCUAUUCUGUCUUUACUUUGAUCUGAUCUUAGUUUGUUUCUUAAUGAUUUGGAGUAAAAAUGCAUAAAACCCUCUCUUUAAGCACAGGCAAUUAACAUUAAUCAAUAAGUUGGAUAGCCUGCAUUGUCUACAUGUUGACCAAAUCACUAACAUAUCCCUAUUUAUAAGGCCAGUCUCUGUUUUAAUCUUAUUAAAAACUCUAGAAGCUCUGUGAUUCAGUCACAUUACUUAGUUUUGCUCUCUGUGCCUGAGCAAAAGAGCUUGAAGCUUGGGGAGAAGGUCUCUUUACGUGUGUUUAAAAGUAGAUUUAAGACGUGACAAGGCUGUAGAAGCUUUGAAUGACUUUCUGCUGUGUGAUAAAGGAAGUGUCGACAUGUGUUUGUAAUUAUUAUGUGUUUUGUCUGUCUGUAGCUUUGUUGGAACGUACUGCAGCAAAUCUGGGCCAGGACACUUUUACCGCUCUUUUUAAUCCCAGUGAGGCUUUCCUGGUUGAAUAAAAUCCCAUUGUUAUAUAAAUAGAAUAAACAUUUGAGUUUAUAAAACUUAAAUAUGUUUCAAAGAGAAGAAGAAACUUAAAGAAACAAUACAAAGUAGAUGAAGUAUUUUCUUUUUAGGUUGACUAAAAGAGAAAUAUUGCAGUUACAUCCAUUAAUUUUAAUACCUUAUUACCAUGGUUUCUCUUUCUCUUUGGUUUCUUUUACAUAUAUAAAAUAUAAUGAAUGUUGUCCUGCAUAUGAUUAAAGUCUUUGUACUCUCUGCACAUUGUUGCCUGUCGCUGUUUUUUCAGAUGUUUUAACUCACGGUGGCUGUCUGUGUAUUCACUAACCAGGGCUCAUGAUACUGUCGGUGCGGUUGCUGUGGACUGUGCUGGUAAUGUUGCAUGUGCAACAUCGACAGGAGGGAUCAGAAACAAAAUGGUUGGCAGAGUAGGAGACUCUUCCAUCAUUGGUAUGAUUCUCACCUAGUCAGCCACAGUCACAGACACUGAAUAGAAAAUCCUGAGUAAUCCUCAUCCUCCUACAUUUGAUCACAUUUAGGGCCACAGGUGUGUGAAGUUGAGCAGCUUUUAAAAUGUUGACCUUCUUUUUUUUUUUUUUGCACAAGGCUCUGGAGGAUAUGCCGACAACAUGAGUGGUGCAGUCUCCUGUACAGGUCAUGGAGAGUCUAUUCUUAAAGUCACACUGGCCAGACUCAUUCUUUCACAUGUUGAACAAGGUAACAACGUCACUUCAACUCCAGAUUUAGUCAAGUUCUGCAACGCAAACUUGAUCUGGUUUUUAUAGAAUGAGAUCUCACUUUUUGUGAUUUUUGGGACACUGUUAAAAAAAACAGAGGAGUGAAAUAAACAAAUGAAUGUAAAAGUCAUUUAAAUAUUGUUAAUGUCUCAGUUAUAAAUAGUCACAGAAAGUACAAACUUGCAUCAUUUUCUAGAAAUGCAGAAUUAGUUAAAUGUUUCUUAUCUUUCAGGCUGAACAAGAUUAAAUACAAGCACAGCUUUAAUUAUGCUGACAAGAAAAUGUUUUUUGCUGCUUUAAUUGAAGAUCAAGAUUUUUUAUAUUAACAAGUAUAUUAUUAACAAGUAAAUAUUAUGCCUUUUGAUAUGUUUUAACUGUUUCUUAAUGAGGUAUUGACUUAUAAAAAAGGCAACAGCCUGCAUAUAUUUGUUUAUCAGUGUUUUAUUGUAGGAUAAAAAAAUCUGCAUAAAUUGCUUAAAUUUGUUUUGUUAAUUGUUCUAUUUACUUCCACACUAUUCAUCCCUCUCUCAGGUAAAUCAGUGUCAGAUUCUUCACAGCUGUCUCUGAAGUACAUGGGAGACCGUGUCCAGGGAGCAGGAGGCGCUAUUGUAGUGUCUCCAUCAGGACAGUGGGCAGCCACCUUCACCACAGAGCGGAUGGCCUGGGCAGCAGUGGACCAUGAUGGUCUGUGGUUUGGAUUAGACCCAAAUGAAAGACAUAAUGAGCAGUUACCUCAAUAAGAAUUGUUAGUAAUAAUAUAGGGCGUUUUAAACAUUUGCGACUUGGUUACUAAUGUACUUUGAAUUUCAUCAUUUGUUUGUCUUAGGACAAAUAUCUUAGGGUAUGUUUGUGUCUAAUAUUUUUGGCCAAAUCAAAUGAUUGGAGUAAAUCUUUUUAUCUCAAAUGUGAGAUGACAGCUCUGUAAUGUAAAACAGUACAUUCUGUGAUAUCAGUGCUGAUUUCUUCUGCCUUAAACUUUAACUUGAAUGUGUUUCUUGGGUUAGGAUUUGAUCUCUCCUUUCUGAUUCUGUUCUCAGAACUCUAUUGAAUUUCAGUGCUCCCAUCCAGUCUGGCCUAAAUAAGUAAUUACAAUGAAUGAAAAACAAAUGAUACUCUGCUUGAGUAAAGAUUGGCUGCCAUUCAAGCGUAUUAGCUCUUUAUUCUGAGAUUAGUUUCACUCAAAGUUUGUCUAGUUUGUACUGCCUUUUAAGCACCUCUUUGUACAAUAGACUUUUAGGAGGUUGUUACCAUAACAACAGCCUCAUUAAGGCACAUCUACUUCAUUUUCCGAGCAGCAUCGUUUGCAUUACAUCAUCUUUGAAACAAUUGCUCAUCCUGGGACUGGCUGAGUCAGAGUUAGUUUGAUAUUACGUGCACGUUCCCUUGCUGUAAUUGAGGCAAGGCUGGAAAAAAAACUUAUUGUGUUCACUCACACCACUGUAAUAUGAUUGCCUUUUGUGCACUUGUACUUUUCUGAGUAGUUUUUAAAACCUGUACUUUUUCUUUCAUUGGAGUAUUUUUGCUGCAUUUUACAUAGCAUAAAUUACUGAAGAAAAAACAUGCAAAUUGAAUGAAAUUCAAGGAUUGGCAGUUUGGAUGAUGUCUACACUGCAAAAAAACUCAAAUCUUACAAAGUGAAUUAAUCUCCUUUUCAUCCAGAGUAACUCAUAACAGUUAAGUUAAUCUACAGUGAAAUAAGUCCAAAUGUAAAUCUUACAUUUUAUAUAUCAAAAUGUGCUUGUCAUAUUUGCUGCCAAUUUUACUCAUUACAAUCAAUUAAGUGUGCAGGGGUCAUCUACAAAGUGUAAUACCUGCAAAGAUGCAACCUGGACAGGUGCACAGUCAAAAUUGCUAACAAAAUAAUGCUUUUGACAACAUUUGAAAAAGUAGUUUGGGAAAAUUUACUAAGCUUAUUUCAAGUGCAGUAUCUACUUCUACUUUAGUAAAAUGUCAAGUAACAAAAAUUGCUUAGUAAGAUUAUAGCACACUUUCCUUUCCAGCAUUAUGACAGAAACACGUAGUAAAGAAGAUAUUGCUUGUUUUAAGUUUUCAUGACAUAGCAGAAACUCUUAAAAUGUGCAUUGAAAUCUCAUCAUAGAAUAAAAAAAUCAAGUAGUAUUUGAUAAUGUAGCAACUAUUUCAUACAAGAGUGCUUGUCUUAUAUUAUUACAUCUUAUUUCAAAUGGUGAGAAACACAAAUAUUCACUUUGUGACUUUUGUAGAUGGAAAUAAAUUACAUUUUUGUCACCAUAAAACUUUUUGAAAUUCUUUGUCAGUGUGGGCAGUUAUUUUCGCAGUUAGUAACUUUUUUUCCCCAUCGCCACUUUUUUGCAUCAGUAAUUUCCCUCAUGACUUUUUUUUUGCAUUCUUUUUUUUUUAUUUGCAGCAGUGGCGGUUCUUGGCC